CACCACGGUCGAUGGACAGCGCGAGCGGCCAAAAAGCACGCAGAGUCCGCGCACCUCCCGCUCGUCCCACACGCAGCUCAGCUCAGCUCGGCGCGCGCUCACGGCGAACCGACGCCGCAGCCCGUGCGGGAGACCCGGGCGCGAUCCGGCAGCCCGAACGCAGGGGUCCGAGGAUAGAUAGAUAGAUAGAUAGAUAGUAGUGCCCUGUCCCUCUCUGCCAUCCGAGCAACACAUUUUAUUCAUUUUUUUUUUUUUAGCGGAUCCCCUCCUCCUGUUCCUCGCUCGCUCGGCUCGAUCCGUGUGUCGCCGGUGUCGCUCGUUCCAGCAGCAGCACCGGUCCACGGAGGAGUCGCUGAGUCCUGCACUAAGUGAGUCUCUUUCCCGUUAUACAUUAUUGAUCUCCAUUGUUAUUUAUUUCCUGCUCCGGCUGCCCGCAGCUCGUCGUUAUUCCGAGAAGACGCGUCUCCGUGUUCGGCUGCGCGGGGACUUUCGGAGCCGCGUUACAGAAAUGAGACCUUAAUUACAGUUUCAGAACCGCAUUAUAUUUUAAUCACAUCAUUUGGACACGAGUGGAGGGGAAGAACGCUGGACGUCUCAUCUCAUCCUCAUCCUCAUCUCCACGGGGGAAGACGGGCUUCCGCGCCGCAUGGAUAAAAGGUAUGAGGACCUGGUGCAGUUCUCAGGCUCAGAAGGCAUGCUCGUGGGGGGGUACAGAGAGGCUAUGAGGUCCAUGCCGCCCACCCACUAUGGCCAUUCUGCGGCAGACUCCCUCAAACACUAUCGAGACCAGAUAUAUGGACACCCGCUGUUCCCCCUGCUGGCGCUGGUGUUUGAGAAGUGUGAGCUGGCCACCUGCUCUCCACGGGACGGCACCUCUCUGUCCUCUCAGCCCCAUCUCCACGGAGGGACCGGCCACGGCGACGUCUGCUCCUCGGAUUCCUUCAACGACGAUAUUGCCGCCUUUGCUAAACAGAUUCGUGCUGAGAAACCAAUUUUUUCGUCAAACCCUGAACUGGAUAACUUGAUGAUUCAAGCAAUCCAGGUGCUGCGCUUCCACCUGCUGGAGCUGGAGAAGGUUCAUGAUCUCUGUGACAACUUCUGUCACCGUUACAUCACUUGUCUUAAGGGCAAGAUGCCCACUGACCUGGUCUUGGAUGACAGGGAGGGUGGCUCCAAGUCAGACAUGGAAGACUUUACAGGCUCGUGCACCAGUCUUUCAGACCAGAACCCAUCCUGGCUGCGAGAUCAAGAGGACUGUGUGUCGACUCCCUCGGGGACCCCGGGACCCUCAUCCUGUGGCCUGCCUUCCCACGGUACUGACAAUUGCAGUGACACUGGGGACGGUCUAGACGGCGCCAUGGCGUCCCCGAGCACCGGUGAGGAGGACGAGGCCGACCGGGACAGGAGGAACAACAAAAAGAGGGGGAUCUUCCCCAAAGUGGCCACCAACAUCAUGAGGGCCUGGCUGUUCCAGCACCUCUCGCACCCAUACCCAUCUGAGGAGCAGAAGAAGCAGCUUUCUCAAGACACAGGUCUCACCAUCCUGCAGGUCAACAACUGGUUUAUCAAUGCCAGGCGCAGAAUAGUCCAGCCCAUGAUAGACCAGUCAAACCGCUCAGGUCAAGGCGCCCCCUACAGUCCUGAUGGGGCAACAAUCGCUGGAUUUGGACUGGAGGGGCAGUCCCACCUGGGCCUCCGGACUGCAGGACUCCAAGGAAUGGCUGGUUUACCCUCAGAUUACCCCGGAGCUGUGCUUCCCCAGCCAGGGUACCCCCAUGCCCCUCCAUCUCUGCAUCCCUACCCACCCCCCCACCCUGCAAUGCUGCUGCAUCCGCCACCCCAUCCUGCUGAGCCCCUCAUAGGACAGAGUCUGGACAUACAUGCCCAUUAACUGGGGAGGGGGGAGGGGCUAGGAGGGCACAGUGGCACAGUUUUGAACGCACUGACACCAUAUACAAAGCACACACACACACACAUCGACACCAUAUACAGCAGUCUCACAUAUACAUACUGUAGACAUUCUGGAGCAUUCAUUCUUCUGCUGGUCCGUAAAUGCACAAACAUUUGCUCAUACACUGUAAAUCCAGAUAUAUUAGCUGGCACACAAUAUACGUCCAAAUGUUCACACACACACACACACACACGCCAGAUGGCCAACAUGGACCCUCAGACUAAAGAAGGACCAAAUAUACAGUGAAGCUGACCUAUCGGUGCAGCCACUCCACCCUCAGUUCACAGAUUUACUAACCCGCUCCUAUCUUCUCCUCCUGUCGAGCACAAGUUAGUCCAGUGGCACAAAAAGUCUGGCGGCCCCGUGAAUGGCUCCCAUUGCGGUCCUCGUGACCUGUCCCUCACCCCUUGGCUGGACAGUACCUCCACCCUCACCGAAGCAGCUCUCGCUCAGCUCGCUCCCUGGCCCCUGUGGCUUGACCUCCUGGGUUUUUUGAGAGGAAGCAGCAGCGUGACACAAGAGACACCCCUCAGGAGUCCUGAGGCUGCGUCGAUGGGUGAGGUUCAUCAGAUGCAGUUUGCAUUAGCGCAAGUCAUGGAUAUGACGGCCAUGGAGCCCCAGGUGCAUCGGGGGUGGCGUCGGAGCGGUCGCUGACCCGACAAGGGCUGGGCUGCUUCCUGACUAUGAAAGUGAGGAAAGAGGAGCCAGAAGUGAAGAGGAGGGAAGAGGGAGACUUCCUUCCUAGAGAGACCCAGCUGAACAUUUGUAUUUGCACCACACGGCUAAACUUUGGUCUUCCCGUCCGUACCGGACUGACGCCGGCGCAGCAGGCAAAAGGAGCGAGUGACGCAGCAUUCCAAGUUUCUUGAACCGCCACACAGAGGAGGGAUGGAUGGAUGUGUUGACAGUAUUCAUCUUGAUCACACUUUCACGUGUGCAUUUUUGUCUUCAAUAAUUUUUUUUUUUUUACAUCUGUUGAUAAAUGUCAAACGACUCAUUGAAGGAUUUAUAAUUAUGAUUUUUUGUUUUUUCCCCCCAGUGUUGGCAGUUCACGUGGACUUGCUAAGCAUUUUGUGGUUUUGCUUAAGCCUCUCGCUGUUAAGUUAAGGCUCCCUUUCAGAAGUACUUCCAGCCAGGCCGUGUCUAGGUGCGCAUUGCCUCCGUGUUUCUGUAGUGCAACACAUCACACACCGCCACACGGACCAGCCUUGAACACGUCUUCCCAGAGGAGUCACGGGCAGCACGCCCUCCCGCCCCUGCCAAGCUUCGGCUGCACGCACAGCCUCCCCCCCCCGCUCGCCGCAGGCCUCGCCAUGCAGCUCGGAGCGGUUCUCCUUGUUGACGGAGAUGACCUCGGGGCCAGCGAACGUGGCUCACACUCAGGCACAAGCAUGCUUACCUCACCUCCCCCCCCCUUCCACGCGUGCCCAAAGCACACAACUGCCCCGGGAACCUCUUCGUUCGCAGACGCCUGCCGAGAGAUGCAGGACACGCUUGUCGCAUGUAGAACGAGAGCAGGACAAUUGGAGGACUCUGGGGCGUGCUGGAGCUGCUCUUGUCCUGUCUGUAUUCUUCUGACAAAGAACUUACUU